CAGACGGAUUGGUUUAUUUACUUCUGUUUCUUGUGUAUUUCGUGUGUUUUUAUUGUGAAAAAAGACAAAAUGUGAAAUAGAAACAUGCAGAAGGACUUUUAAUAAUAAUUUCGAUUUUGGUUUUUAAAGUUUUGUUUUUAAAACAGUGACUUAAAGCAGAGAAAAUAAGAAAUACUUUUUAGCGUAUCCGAAACUCAGGUGAGAAAGGUGUUUCAGAAAUUGUUUGAUCUUUGGAUUGGAGUGUUUGUUCAAGCUUUAUUUAUUCUGGAUAGCUACUGUUUUGUCAACGAAGGGAGUACAAUUUUGGUUGUUAAUCCCAAAAAUGGAUUAAUCAUUUAGGGAUGAGAAAUAAAAGAAAACGUCGGCAGUGUGUAUUCUUUGGUGUUUGCCGACCAGGAAAAAUUGAAAUGUGUAUGUAGAUAUGAAUGUUGUCACAACUUCUGUGACAGGGGUAUUAAAUAUGAAAGAAAAAUGUGUAAAGCCAAAUCAACUGCCAUCCUCAGCCAAUUUCAAGAUGGUAAAAUUGACGUUUUACUUUGUAAUCGUGCAGUUUCUUUUCAAAUUUGCCCAAGGGCAAGGACCAGGAUUUAACAAGUUUUUCAAUGUAUCAGAAAACCAACCACCGGGAACUCAAGUUGGAUAUGUCAGCUCAUCCCUUUCCUACACAUAUACAACAGAUGAUACAUUGUUUCAAAAUUAUUUCAAUUUGGACGAAAACACUGGCCGUAUAACCACAAAAGUUGAAAUUGAUCGUGAAUCAUUAUCAGAUUUAAGGGAUAACGAAUUUAGUCUUCUAGUAAUAGCACGAAGUACAACUGAUGGAAAUCACCCUGUUGAAGUUCACAUAGAAGUUAUUGAUGUAAAUGACAACCACCCUAAAUUUCCAAAUGAUGUCAGUAGAUUGCGAAUUCGCGAAAACUCAAGGAUUGGAUCGAUGUUUCGAAUUGACACAGCAACAGAUUUAGAUUACCAAAACAAUGCUCUAAUUAAUACUUACAGAAUACUAUCAGGUGAAGGACCAUUCAGUCUUGUGUUCAACCCUGAUCUUUAUGGCCAAGUUUUGUUUCUGAAUACAACUGGCGACAUAAAUAGAGAAGAAAUAAGUCAAUACACACUGAUCAUUCAAGCAAAAGAUUCAGGAUCACCAACACAACUUUCAGGAACAACAACAUUAAGCAUCGACGUCGAUGAUCAGAAUGACAAUUCACCGGUCUUUGAUCCGAGUAAUUACUAUGCCAGUGUCAAUGAGACUGAUGAUGUUGGAACUUUAGUCAGGCGAGUACAUGCAACUGACAAAGACAUUGGUGAAAAUCAAAGAAUCACUUACGAAUUCCAUAAUCCCAAUAAAGCUACUGCACAGUUUGUUAUUUCAAGAGAUACUGGAGAAAUCAGAACAGCAGUCAAACCGCUGGUGUGUCCAAAUGGUCAAUGUGACUUGUCCAUAGUUGCAAGAGACAAUGGUACGCCUUCCUAUUUGGGUCGGGCAUUUGUGUAUGUGACUGUCAUUGAUACUAACAACCAUGAUCCUGAAAUUACUGUAAAAUAUGUUCCCACCGAUUCAACAGAAUACUCUAGUGUGAACGAAGAUUCGGUUAAUGGUGAAAUCGUUGCUGGAAUUACUGUUACUGAUCAAGAUGAUGGAAUCAAUGGUGAAACAAUUGCUAGAAUCAUUGCUGGCAAUGAGCUGAGACAUUUCUUGUUUGAAGCAUAUGACAGUCAGAAAUAUACUAUUCGAGUAAAUGGUGAUGGUGUUUUGGACCGUGAAAGGUAUCAUGUUUACAAUUUAACAGUGGAAGCAAGAGACAGGGGAAAUCCACCCAGAAUUGCUACCAAAGAAGUUGUUAUUUAUGUGAAUGAUAUCAAUGACUUUCCACCAGUUUUUGUGAACAAAAGAGUUGUACUGUCCAUCAGUGAAAUAACGGAAGUCGGAAGUUUCAUUGCCAGCAUGCAUGCCACAGACAAAGACACCGGCAUAAAUGCAAAACUUACGUAUAAGAUAGAAACUGGUAACAAUCCAAACUGGUUUCAUAUUGAUACCGACACAGGCUUGAUUACAACCAAAACCAGACUACAUUACGAAAUAGCUAACAGAUUUACAAUGAACAUUUCUGUCCAUGAUGGUGCCAUAAAUCCCUUCUGGGAUUACGCUUCUCUUCAAGUAACGAUAUGGGAUGAAAAUGACAUGCCGCCGACCUUUGCAUCGACCACCUUCAAUGAAGAACUGGAUGAAAACCUUGGCAGUGUCUCACCCGUGGUUCUUGCAACUGCUCAAGACAAUGACUCUGGACUGAAUGGUACCCUGGUUUAUCAAUUUCAUCCCCAUGUGGAACUCAUGUAUCCAAAUACAUUUCAUCUGGAUCAGUCUACAGGUGCUGUAACAACAAACAAGGCUCUGGACAGGGAGGUAAUCUCUGAUUAUAUCAUAAAAGUAAUUGCAAAAGACAAGGGCCCAGCACCAUUAACUUCUACUGCAACAGUCUUCCUAAAAGUCAAGGACUUGAAUGACAAUCCACCGGUGUUUUAUCCAUCUCAGUAUUUUGCCAAUGUUUAUGAAGGCCAGCCCCAAGGUCUUGAAAUCACCAAAGUCACAGCUACUGAUAUAGAUGAGGGUGAAAAUGCUGAAAUCAUGUACUCAUUUUUUGUCUCAAAUUCAAAGUUUUCAAUUGAUUCAAAUUCUGGCAUCAUCACAACUACAGCAACAUUGAGAAAGGACCAAGGUAGCAGUUACAUUCUAAAUGUCGUUGCAAGGGGUAAGUUCAUGAAAUACUCCGACCGUGCAACUGUUCAAGUGUCCGUUCUUUCUGUAUCUGACCAGCAGCCAAUUUUCAAUAGGGCAAACUACAGUUUUACAAAUAUUCCUGAGGAUCAUGGCACUGAUGGGGCUCCUACAUAUGUCGGGUCACAAAUAGGUCAAGUGACUGCAAACUCUGGUUCCAUUGGUACUGUGACGAAUUACUUCAUUGUUGAUGGAAAUUUGGAUAACACAUUCUCUAUUGAUGGAACUGGCUACAUAAGAAGAGAGAAAGCUAUAGACAGGGAAAAACAUCCUGAAUUUGUUUUGAAAGUUGUUGCCGAGGCUGGCACCCAGUUUGCUGAAACUUAUGUGCAUAUUACAGUGAAAGACAGUAACGAUAAUGCCCCAGAGUUUGAAUAUCCAAAAAUAGAAGUUGACCUAAUUGAGAACUGGCCAGUUGGACAUUAUAUAACAGUAUUUAGCGCAAAAGAUGCCGACGCCCCGGGUCCAAAUUCUCAAGUAUCAUACUCUCUUCAGACAGAUCAAAAUGGGGUGUUCGCAUUUCAGGCAGAUACUGGUGUACUUUAUUUGAAUAAACCAAUGGAAAGGCUCACAUCAAAGAUGGUGACAUUAGUGGUUGUUGCCAGUGAUGCGGGCUCUCCUAAGUAUUCAUCGACACAACAAGUGACCUUGACUGUCAAGGAUAUUAACAACAAAACACCUAGGUUUGCAGACACAAAGUUAGAGAAAUCUUUAAUUGAAUCGCACCCUGUUAACAGCCGAUUUCUCAACGUUGAAGCUGUUGAUAAUGAUGAAGGUGACAAUGGUAGACUAACUUACAACAUCACAAGGGGCAAUGAAGAUAAAGCCUUUGGAAUUUUCCCUGAUGGAAAUCUAUACAUUGCAAAGACACUAGACAGAGAGGUUAAAAAUUUGUACAAACUAAGUGUAGUUGCCCAUGAUCAUGGCACACCACAGAGAAGCUCUGAAUGCAAUAUAACCAUUCACAUCACUGAUGACAAUGACAACAAGCCAAUAUUUCUCAACGCCACAUACCUGUUUUCUGUACCAGAGAAUCGUCGAUCUGGAAGCUACAUUGGCAGAGUAAUGGCAUCAGAUGCUGACAUGGGCCGUAACUCUGAUUUGACCUACUAUUUCCAACACCACCAACAAACUAACUUUAGAAUUGACUCUCAGACUGGGGAGAUCUACAGUCUUGUAACGUUUGAUCGUGAACAGUAUGCAAAAAGUGAAUAUGCAAUUGUGUUUGAUGUAGUUGCAAGAGACAAUGGUUUGAACCAGCUUGAAGAUGUUGCUACUGUCAGAGUUACCAUUCUUGAUGUGAAUGACAAUGCACCGGUCUUCAAGCAACCUAUCUAUACAGUCAGUGUGUUUGAAAAUGCUCCUACAUAUUCAAAUGUUACUGUUGUGAAAGCUGAUGAUUUGGACUCCUUUGAAAAUAGCGUUGUCACAUACGCCAUACUUUCCGGCAAUGAAGAUGGCAUUUUCAUCAUGAAUCAGUUUACUGGACAAAUUUCUCUCAAUCAGCAGCUUGAUAGAGAAAAUGAAGAUUAUUAUGAGCUAACAGUUCUUGCCACAGACUCUGGCAAAGACAUACAAUUCAAUGACACCUGUGUUGUCCAGAUUACAGUUAAAGAUAUAAAUGACAACUUCCCCAUGUUUGCCCAGACGCAGCUUGAUUCGAGUGUUCGUGAAGACGAAAAGCCUGGCUAUAUCUUGGGUCAUUUUACAGCUACCGAUACAGACUUGGGUGUUAAUGCUGAAAUAACGUACACUCUGUCAGGUCUUGAUAAUGAUGGUUCAUUUGGAAUUGAUGCUCACACUGGCAAAAUCUAUCUUCUGAAGAAACUGGAUUAUGAAAAGAAAAAGCUUUAUCGGUUGAACGUUACCGCAACAGACAAUGGUGUUCCUCAGUUACCAUACUAUGUGCGAUUCAGUAUCACAGUUGAAGAUGUGAAUGAUAAUGCCCCCAUUUUUCAAAAUGAGCCAAUCGCCUGCAGUAUAACAGAACAUUCAACUGGAAGUGUGUGCACUGUUCAUGCAGAAGAUGCAGAUUCAGACAAAAAUGGCGAAGUAUUGUACGAUAUCGUUUACCAAGACCCACCAGGUGAUCAGUUUAAAAUCGUGAAAAGCAGCGGGCAGGUUUACAUUGAUAAAGAAAUUGAUCGAGAAUCGACAGAUUUGUUCACUUUAAGAGUAUCUGCUUUAGAUCAAGCAUCUGAUGAAUCAAAGCGUUUAACAUCAGAGACAACAGUUACCAUUAGUGUAAAUGAUAUUAACGACAAUAAUCCUCAAAUUACUUCCUUUAAUGCCAUUGCUGUUCCACUUUCUACUUCUGCAAACACGUUCAUUACAACCAUUAAGGCAACUGAUGAAGAUGCUGGCGAGAAUGGCCGGGUGGCUCUUCAGCUGCUUCAAAGCAGUGGAAAUACAUUUUCCAUCGAAAGUGCAUCAGGUCGCUUUCUCUUGAAUAGGCAAUUGCCGGACAACCCACUAAAGUACCCUGUAACUAUCCAGGCCCACGAUUACGGACCCAGCCAAAGAACCAUUCAAUACCCACUGACGGUAAUAGUUACAAAUAACAACAAUCAGGGCCCCGUGUUUCAAGAUACGCCGUACACAGGCUCGAUAUACGAAAAUGAUGGUAGUUCUACCAUUUUAACGGUAAAAGCAGCAUCGAGACAUGGUUCAGCUGUGCAAUACUAUGUAACAAACAUUACCCAAAAUGGCGCCCAGGUGGGGCGCUACUUCGUGAUUAACAUGGAUUCAGGAGUGCUGAAGCCGAAUGGGCCUCUAGACCACGAAGAAAUCGGGGAAAGCUUCGAUGUGGAAAUCUACGCCAUGGACACUGAUGGCUCGACUCCACGCACCAGUUUCAUUUUGGCCAAGGUCACUGUGAUGGACAUCAAUGACACUCCUCCCCGAUUUACAAAGAGUUUCUUCGAAUUUGAUGUAGACGAGAAUGUGCAACAGGGAUUUCCCAUUGGCAAACUACAGGUCUACGAUGAAGACGAUCUUGGGGGCCUCUCACUGUCCUUUGUCAACACACCUGACAAUAAACUGCAGAUCAGACCAGAUGGCACAAUCAGUACAUCUGGCACUCUGGAUCGAGAGACGAUUGCUCGGUACACGCUGAACGUAACUGCCAAUGAUGGUCUUCAAACUUCUCAUUGUAUGGUCAGAAUCAAUGUAAACGAUGUCAACGACAAUGCUCCGAAAUUCGACCAGAGCUUCUACUCUUUUGAUAUUCCUGAAGACACAGCCAUCGGCACUACUGUUGGAAGUGUACGCGCUGAUGAUCUUGAUGUCGGCCUAAACGGUGACGUCUUGUACAGUCUCACUGCUGGCUGGGGUAACGAUACUUUUGAGCUGGAUCCUGUGAAAGGAACAUUCAAGCUUCUCAGAGUGCUUGAUUUUGAAGAGAAUUCUCUAUACACACUCCAAGUCUUAGCAUACGAUGCUGGCACAGAGCCUCAGACAAGCUCCAUUCUUGUGUUCUUCAAUGUUAAAGACACCAACGACCAUAUUCCCGAGUUUGAGCAGGGGGAAUAUAACGCGGCUGUGUAUGAGAAUGUCACCAUCGGCACGAGCGUUCUGCAGGUCGAGGCAUUGGACAUUGACUCAGGUGAAAAUGGCCAGGUUACCUACAAGCUGCUUUCCGGUGACACCAAAGGUCAGUUCCAGGUUGACCCUGACACUGGGGUCAUCCAUGUGAUCUCUGCCCUUGACAGAGAGGUCAUGCCCAACUACACACUGGUUGUCAUGGCAAUGGACAGAGGAACAUUCUGGGAGACUAGACCAUCUGCAACAGCAAAGGUGUUGAUUUCCCUGCUGGACAUCAAUGACUACACCCCAGAGUUUCUUACGCCAUCUGUCAUUGGUGUCCGUGAAAACACUCAGACUGGCACAGUGGUCCACACAGUGAAGGUCCGCGACCUUGACAUUGGAGCAAACUCCGACCUUACAUUUGGUGUUUCUUCAAAUACUGGCAGUGUCCCAUUUAGUCUUGGAGUGAGUGACGGAAAACUACGAGUUUCUGCUGACUUGGAUCGAGAAUUGGUGGCAAAUUAUAGCAUGAUCGUUACAGUUCAAGAUAAAGGCAGGCCGCCUUUGAUGGCUACACAGAGUCUGUUUAUUAAUAUCGAAGAUGAGAAUGACCAUGACCCCGUAUUUACACCAGAGUUUUACGAAGGUAGUGUUUCGGAGGAUGUCAUGAUUGGUACCACUCUUCUUCAAGUGAAUGCAACUGAUCUGGAUUUCGGAUUAAAUGGAAUUGUGAAGUAUUAUGUGCUUUCUGGUGAUGAAAAUUUUGAUUUUAGUUUAGAUCAAAGCAGUGGUGUUUUAAGAGUGCAAAAAAAUCUGGAUUACGAGCGUGUCUCAGAGUACAAGCUGAUCGUUCAAGCAGAGGAUAGCGGCGAUAACACUCGUUUCUCUACAGCAACUGUUUCCAUCACUAUCAUUGACUUCAAUGACAACACACCAAUAUUUCUCAACUCUCCGUACAUGGCAUAUGUUCGAGAAAAUAUGGAUCGUCCAGUUCGCGUUCUUCAAGUUUCGGCAAUCGAUCAGGAUUCGCCACCGUUCAAUCAGCUACAAUACAAGAUACAAGCUGGAGACCGAAGUCUCUUCAACAUCAGUGAAACGACUGGUGAAAUCAUGGCACUUCAAAAGCUUGAUAGAGAACAGCGCGAGUCGUACAUCCUCACCGUUGUUGCUACUGAUUCAGGCAAUGGAAGAGGAUUGACAGGAUCUGGAACGGUGACAAUCUUCGUUGAAGACAUGAAUGACAACGCACCUGAGUUUGACCAAACGGGGAUGUACUUGGCUCACGUGCAAGAAAACCAGGUUGCCAACACGAGCGUCAUCAUCGUGACAGCCACUGACAAAGAUGAGGGCGUCAAUGCUCAUAUUGUGUACAGUCUAAAAGAUGAUGCUGCUGGAAAAUUUACUGUUUCUCCGAACUCUGGUCGCAUAGAAACACUCGUGACCUUGAACAGAGAAGAGGUUGAUGAAUACACAUUAGAGGUCAUCGCCAUGGAUACAAGCCUGUUGCCGUUGACAGCGACUGCUACAUUGCGUGUGUAUGUUGAUGAUGAAAAUGACAACCCACCAGCGUUUGAGAAGGAAAGAUAUGAGAGGGAUGUACCCUUGCCUGCCGGCUCAGGUACUUUCAUUCUGGGAACCACAGCAUCUGACAUUGAUGUAGGAGAAAAUCGACUCCUCACAUACAGCCUGACUGGUCAAGAUGCAUCUUCAUUCGGCAUUGACCCAAGAACGGGGGUUAUCACUGCUAGUCGGACCCUCAUUGAGAAAACCUACUCCUUUAUGGUUAAGGCUACAGAUAAGGGCAGCAAUCCACUUUCCUCCUCCGUACCAGUGACGGUCACAAUGACCUCCAGUCAGACAAUUACCCCACCCACCUUUGGUUCAGUACCUACAGACAUCAGUAUCGUUGAGAAUCUUAACCCAAAUAGCACCAUCACCACGGUUACUGCACAGUCUUCAAACGGGGCUGCAGUGACCUUAAGCAUUGCUGGAGGAAAUAUAGGAGACGCGUUUGCAAUUGAUGCAAAAUCCGGAAGGAUUUAUGUGAAGAAUGUUGUUGACUAUGAACUGUUGAGUGAAUACCAUCUAUGGGUCGAGGCAAGACAGAAUGGUAGCCCGCCUGUUUCAGGAUACAAAGAAGUUGUUGUCAGGAUCGAAGAUCUCAACGAUAACAGGCCAAUAUUUACGCAGACAUUAUAUGAAGUUGACAUCAAAGAAAACAGCCCAUUUGGCACCUCCCUUGUAGCUGUGACAGCCGUUGAUGCAGAUUCCGGGGCAAACAGCGAACUGCAGUAUGCGAUCAUUGGAGACGAUGCAGCGUUUUUCCGUAUCUCUAGCAGUACUGGGCUGAUCGUAACAAUCGAUAAAUUGGAUAGAGAAACAGUUGACUCCUACGGCUUCGUAGUUACAGCAACCGACAAGGGAGCUCAGCCAAUGUCCUCCACAACUUCCGUAAGAAUCCAGGUUCUCGAUGAAAAUGAUGAGCGCCCCUCAUUCACAAAACAGUUCAGAGUCAAAAUUCCCGAAAAUAUGGAAGUAGGGAGCUUCGUGCUUCGUGUAACAUCCUCGGAUGGAGACAUUGGAGCAAAUGCCAUCGCUUCUUACUCAUUGACUGACGAUGCUAACGGAACAUUCACCAUUGAUGGCCCAAGUGGCAACAUCACGUUGCGUAAGAGUCUAGAUGCUGAGAUGAUCAAGAGUUACCAGUUACGAGUGUCCGCCAACGAUCGUGCGCAUGAUGUACAUGGUAAUGUUCAGGUGGACAUAAUGGACGUUAACGACAACAGUCCAGUUAUAAUCCCACCAUUUUCAUUCAGCUUCACAGAGCAGAUGCCGAUUGAUUCAGUCAUCGGCAAGCUUCGAGCAUCUGACAGCGACAUCAGCUCACCGAACAAUGUGACCUAUUUCUCACUGAAACUGGCCUCGAGUUAUUUCCACUUGGACAGUGACACAGGAAUUCUGACAUCUGCAGAGGAAUUAACCUUCGACCCCAUGUACGACCUCACAGAACCGCCGAACAGGCAUGAACUGAUAGUUAUUGCAAGAGAUCUCGGCACACCUGCAAGAUCAUCAGAACGACUUAUCUACGUGAACGUGAUGGAUUACAAUGACCACAGGCCGGAGUUUAGUGAGACGUCGUACAGAAAUGCGGUUCCCGAAGGUACCCCAGUCGGCAACAGUGUGGUCACUGUACAUGCAGUGGAUGAGCAUGACUAUGGAAUAAAUGCUGAAGUGGAGUAUGACAUUGUGAGUGGCAAUGGCACACAGCUCUUCUCCAUCGACCGCGUCUCAGGUAUUGUGUCUGUGAAAUCCAGUCUGUCAGGUCACAAGAACAAGGAAUACCAAGUAGUGGUUAAGGCAGAAGACAAGGGCCUCGCCCCACUUUCCUCAACUGUUCCUGUUAACUUGGUCGUCACUGACGUCAAUGUGCACGCCCCUGUGUUUAUAGCUCCUGUGUCUCGCCAGAUAACAAUUCCGGAGAGUAAGAAAGUGGGAACGUUGAUUGAAACAUUCCGAGCUGAAGAUAGCGACUACGGAUUGAAUGCUGAGAUUGAAUUUUUCAUUACUGCGGGAAAUGAUGAUGAUCUGUUCAGUAUGAACAAGGCGUCUGGUGAUUUAUCGGUAAAAAAUGAAUUGGAUUAUGAAGUAGAGACUGAUUACCAGCUGACAGUUACUGCUAAGGAUAAAGCUUUGCAUCCGAAAGACAAAUCCAUCACUUACCUUGUGAAGUUGCAAGAUGUUAAUGACAAUGACCCAGUGUUUGGUCGAAGCUCUGAUACAGUCUUUAUUGAAGAAAAUUCUCCAAGGGGCGUGUCUGUUUAUCAAGCACUAGCUGUUGAUGCCGACUCUGGUGAGAAUGCUGUCAUCCAGUAUGCAAUUGUCGAGGGAAAUGGCCAGAAUAAGUUCCUCAUUGAUUCUUCCACUGGUCUUGUAACAACCAGCGGUGACCUCGAUUAUGAAACUGAGGAGAAGUAUACCCUCAUGAUUAUGGCGUCGAAUAAUGCACCUGGUCAUAAAAGUACCAUGACUCUCAACAUUGCAAUUGAUGGAGUGAAUGAAUAUGUUCCAAGAUUUACAAAGGAUGUAUAUUAUUUCUCGGUCAGUGAAUCUGCCGAUGUCAGCACUCCCAUUGGUAGAGUGAGGGCAGAGGACAAUGACGCCGGUCCUGAUGGAAUUGUCAACUACUUCCUUAUCGGUGAUAGUAAUGCUAAAGGUUUCAAGGUUGAUCCUCGCACCGGUGAUAUUCUUGUAUCGGGACAACCUGAUUACGAAUCUUCGCCAAAAAUCACUCUCAGAGUUCUGGCCAAAAACUGGGGCAGCGUGAGAGGCAACGACACUGAUAUCUGUGAAGUUCAAAUAAACGUCCAAGAUGCAAAUGAUCCACCAAAAUUCUCGCAAAACAUUUACCAAGCAUAUAUCCGAGAAGAUACAACAAGAGCCGAUGUAAGUGUGGUUAAAGUGCAAGCUGUGGAUUCAGACUUUGAUGCAGCAGACAAGACGUUUACAUACACAAUUCUGGCUGGUAACGUCAAAAAUAUGUUCAAGAUUGGCCCAUCAACAGGGAUAGUUACGACCACUGGGAAUAUUGCCCUUGACAGGGAGACAGUGGCAGUGUAUAACGUGACUGUUGGAGCUGUGGACACUGGGUCACCACCUGAAACUGGCUCAGCAACUGUUUCAAUCAACAUUGAAGAUGUUAACGACAAUGGCCCAUUCUUCACUAACUUUACGGCCUCAGUUAGAGAGGGUCAGGCUCCUGGUACUAUGGUAACAACCUUGACCCAGUUUACUGAUGACCUUGAUGGUACUGGCAAUAAGGGACCAUAUAGCUACAGCAACAAGCCAGGAAGCCACAUUGCUUAUCAGUUCUUCACUAUUGAGUCCAAUGGUGUUGUUAAAACUAAGGCAGUACUGGAUCGGGAAUCGGCAAACUCUGAAUUCGCUGUUCCAGUAGUAGUGAGUGAUUCAGGUCAGCCUCGGCAAACAUCAACCUUGACCUUUAAGGUGAUAAUCCUGGAUGAGAAUGAUAGUCCUCCAAAGCCAAGGUAUCUGGAUAUAUACUUGUCAGUUUAUGAAGGCCAACUGCCAUCAGGCCCCAUUGCAAAUAUCCGACCCCUCGAUGAUGAUUCAACUGGGUCGUAUUCAUGCUCAUUGGCUGGAGCAAACAAUCCCUUUAUGUUUUCCAUCGUUGAUGGUUGCAAUUUGAAAAUGAGCCAGAUUCCAUCUGAUCCCGAGUACACCAUAUCUGUUGAAUCAACUGAUGGAAUACACGAGUCUGUCACCUAUGAUGUUGUUGUUAAGGUCAGCACUUUUGGUAACACAACUUUGGAACAUUCCACUGUUAUUCAGAUUGCAGAUACAACUCCUGAAAACUUCAUUCAACAUUUGUAUUCUGACUUCCUCUCAGCAUUGAAAAGCGUCUUUGAGCCACAAGAUAAAAUAAACAUUUUUGGGUUAAGCGGACAUUCCUCGGGUGUCCUUGUGAAUAUUGCAGCAUCAUAUGGCAUCGAUGAAUACUUCAAGAAAUCUGAACUUGUUCAGAAACUGUCAUCAGGCAAAAGUCGAAUCGAGAAGGAUAUUGGAAAAUACAUCGCAAGCCUAGAUUUCAGUGGCUGUCAAGAAAGCCAAUGUAAAAACAGUGGACAGUGUGCUAGUCAUGUGACUGUCCAAGGAACCAAUCAAAUAGCAGAUUCACCGUAUCAAGUAUUUUCAAGUCCCACACUCAAAUUGACCACAUAUUGUGUGUGUCAACCCGAAUAUACCGGCCCUGAUUGCAGUCAACAAGCCACACCCUGCGGCAACAUCUACUGCCAGAAUGGAGCCACCUGUGUAACCAAUGGCAAUGUGCCCACCUGCAGUUGUCCAGAAACUUGGACAGGUAACAGGUGUGACCAGGAUAUCAAUGAGUGCGCAUCACCUGGCUUUUGCAAAAAUGGUGGUACAUGUCAAAACACUCUGGGAGGAUUUACCUGUGAAUGUGUUGAUGGGUAUUUCGGGAAACAGUGUCAAGAUGGCGAGAAUUUCUGUAAAACCAGUCCAUGUGUUCAUGGGACUUGCGAAAACCAGCCUGAAGGAUAUGUCUGCUUAUGUAACUAUGGAUAUUUUGGACUGACAUGUGACAAGUCAAGCAUUGGCUUCUUUGAGACAUCAUACAUGGAGUACCCUGCAGUGACAUCACUUUCCAGUAUGGAAAUAGUUUUCGCUACUGAGAAAGCGAACGCUCUGGUGAUGUACAACCCAAGUCAAGCUUCAAGCAAAUUCCUGGCUGUACAAAUCUUAAAAGGUCAGCUAGAGGUUGCAGCCAAUGUAGGUUCAGGGUCAACUGUUCGUCUGUCCGUCUCUACGCUGGUGAACACUGGGAAAUGGUUCCAGGCUAGGAUUGUUGUCAACAGUCAGACUGUGCGAGUGUGGGUGGACAGAUGUCCGGAGAAUCUUGUAGGGUGUGAGGAAUGCCAGACUGGUUCAAACUGCUACAACCAAACACACAUCCCAGGACAAUGGUCCCUCGGUCGUAACGACCACCCAUUACUGAUAGGUGGCGUAAAGAACAUGGACACAAUACUUGACCGCCUUGGUCAGGUCUCUAGCCAUGACUUUAUUGGCUGCAUGCAGACGGUCACGAUCAACGAUGUGGAGCUCCUGGGUGAGACGAGUCUGAGUGACGCGGGGAUCGAGCGGGCUUGUCCACGGAGUGAGGCCGGUGAUGUAUGCGCCGGGUACACAUGUGCCAACGGGGGUGCUUGUGUGUCGGAGUGGACAGGAGCAGUUUGUCACUGCACACCAGGCUUUAUGGGAACACACUGUGAAGAAGCUUUGAAGCCCAUAGGAUUCAGCCCAGCUACGUACAUCAGCAUCAAGAUGCGGGAGACAGCCCGACGAGAUGCCCUUCUGGUGGAUGGGUCUCGUAGACGGCGGGCAACUACCUCAUCAAGUCUCAUGUUGAGAUUCCGUACGACACAGACAAAUGGCAUGCUCAUGUUUGCAUCCGCUGAAGGCAACAGAUUUUGUGUACUCUCGGUGUUUGAUGGAUCAGUCAAGUUUACAGUCACCCAGUAUGGCGGGUCGAAAUCAGUCAUCACUCCUAACAUCAACGUGUCCGAUGGUGAAUGGCACAAUGUCACUGUCUCUCUAAAUGGAAAAGAUGCUACAUUAUCUCUAGAUGGGACGCAAAGCCAGACGUCUGCCUUGGAUCCAUUCCUCUUCAACUACCCAAAGGUUCAGAAUUUCACGAUAGGUGGUGCUCCAUCAACUGUUACCAUUGACAACCAAAAUUUUAAGGAUUUCCAGGGCUGUAUCUCCGUAUUCAAGCUCGACGGUGAGCAGCUUCCAAUGAUCGGGGAGACAGAAAAAUAUAAGAUUGUAGCCACUGCUGGAUAUGAGAAUGGGUGCUCGGACAUGUGCACGAAUAAUGUGUGUAAUGGGAAUGGAUGUACAAUUGAAGGGGAAGCAAUAGUUUGUGCCCAGCCGCCAGGAGGGGGGCCUGCUUUGAGCAUCGGGAUUAUCAUAAUGAUUGUGUUUUUCGUAGUUUUGCUGAUAGUCAUUGUAAUAGUAUUCAUUGUGUUCAGAAAGCGUGGGCAACAGUGUUUAAAAAGAAAGCAGUUGAGUGCUGGUGCUCCUGCUAAGAGCGCGAACAGCAGCGGGCAUAGUAAUCCUGACAGUGGUUAUGGGGAGAAUAACAUUGAUGAGUUGAUCAUAAGAAAUCAUGUUGCUCAAGAGUUGGCCCAUAGUAAUUACAGUAGACAAUUAAAUGGGCACUUAGUGAAGCCUGACAUUAUAAAGUCUGAAGUUAAUCGGACUGCCAUGCCUCUGGAGAUGGAGGAUGGAACUGUGAUAAUUGACAAUGCGAGUGAUGUCACGCACUUGCGGGACUUAAAUGGCGAAGUCCUCGAGCAUUAUGACAUUGAGAACGCCAGUAGUAUAGCUCCUUCAGAUAUAGAUGUAGUAGACCACUAUAGACAUUUCCACGACGGCAAACAACGCCGGAAAAACAAAGCUCAUUCUGAUCAUUCACAAUCGAAACAUUCUUCCAGACAUUAUAAUAACAAUAGUAAUCAUAGCAACCACAGUUACCAUUCCCACGGAAUGAGAGACAGUCCUAACUUGGUAUCCAGUGUUCCGUUCAUGAACGAUCUUGCCAGAAACAGUCCAAGUGCUAGACAUAGCCCAAUGAUGAAUCAGUUGUCAAGAAAUAGCCCAAACGUGCAGCCGAGCCCACUCACUGUGAACAUCCAUGGGCACCAUAUGCCCGUAACAGACCUGAAUGGUGGUAGUCGAACUACUUCUGAACACAGUCUUGCCAGUCAUAGAAGUAAAACUUCCAACUCAACUCCUAAUAAACCGAAAAGACAAAUGUUACCGAACGGUAACCUGAAUUCCAAUAAAGUCUUAAAUCAUAAUUAUGAAAAUGGAAAGUUCUUGACGAAAGAAGAGGUAGAUCGAUUAAAUGCCAGGCCACGGGAAAGUCCAGCAAGUUUGAUGGAAGCGUUUUCAACGUCCAGUGAAAAUAAUACUCGUAAAAUGCAAAAGCCAUUUGAACAAUACCAAGACACUAGUGUAUUAUUAGAACCACCAGAUUCUAGUUCUGAUGACAGUGCCAAUGAUUCGUUCACAUGCUCAGAGUUUGAGUAUGAAAAUGACAAACCGAGAAAUGAUUUUGAUCCAACGAAUAGAAUUUUCUCUAAAAUCAAAGAAGAAACAGAACAUGAAGAUGGUGCAUAUCAUAACAAAAACUUUAAAGUGGACGGGUUAGACUCAGGUGGAAAUUCAUUUUCAAGCAAUGAAAGGUCAUCAGACGAUAAUCAAGGUCAGUCCAAGGCCAUUAACAGUGCAUUUAACUGGGAUGACCUUCUGAACUGGGGGCCGAAGUUUGAGAAACUUGUGGGUGUGUUUACAGACAUAGCGUUACUGCCAGACGCUGAGAAUGUGGAUUUCGCAGAAGCGGAGGCUAAGUCGGUUGAUAGGGAAGAAUAUGUCUAAUGCAAUCCCUCUAGCAUUAACUUUUCAUAUAUUUUUUAAUUUAAUCAUUUUACAGAUUUAAAUGAAUUUCAAAAAAUAGAAUUAUUAUAUUAACAGAUUUUAAGAUCUACUUAGCAAUAAACUCACAAUCAGUCA